AUGAAUGAAAAAGCAAGCUGUUGGGGUGCCAAGACUGUCGAAGGAUCCGGUCAGUUAGACAAAUCGCAGCGGAUUAGGACGAAAACGUUAACCAUUCGAAACAUUUAUUUGCAGCCAAUCGUUUUUUGCCACGAGAUUUCCGUCGAAAGUUGUCUGGAAGCCUUUUCUGUUCGUUCACCGUUCGGCUCGCCGUACGCGAAUCUUCAUCAGAGGUCGUUGCUUGGUUAUGCAACUACAUCUUGA